UCUAAGCUGGAGAAAGCAGAGAUUCUGCAGAUGACGGUGGACCACCUUAAGCUGCUGCAUGCCAUGGGGGGCAAAGGGUACUUUGAAGCGCGGGUCCUGGCAGUGGACUAUAGGACCCUGGGAUUCAGAGAGUGUGUAGGAGAGCUGGUCCGGUACCUGAGCUCUUUAGAAGGAGGGGUGGACUCCCCGGACCCUAUCGGAGCCCGCCUGGUCUCCCACCUCUCCCACUGCGCAAGCCAACUGGACCCCCUUCUCCUUCAGUCGCCCCACACCUCCUCCGCCCUCCCUUUUCCUCCCUGGCCGUGGAUCUCCUCCUAUCACCAGAUGUCACCUGCCUCGUCUCCCACCUCUCCAUCUUUCUCCGCGAGGCGGAGGGAGCCGGCACGCCUGGGGAGUGGGGGUUAUCCGUCCCACUCAGCCGACACCUUGCGUCUCGCCCCAAUGGGGUGCCAACAGGGGUCCAUGCUCGCCCCUGCUUUGGUGUCUGAGCUUCGCAGGGUGCCCUCUCUCCCACCACCUUCCUCCCCUGCCCUCACCGCUACCCCCACUCACAGACUCACUCAGCAGUCCUCUGGAGCCUCACUCCUCCUAACCUCCUCUUCCUCCUCUUCCUCCUCCUCCUCCUUUCCCUCUGCUCCUCCACUAGUCACCUUCAGACCCUUUGCCCCUCUGGGGUCUCCCGCAGGUCAGCGCAGGGGCAAAGCUGCAAAGAUCUGGGGGACUGAGGUAGGAGCUUUCUGA